AUGUCGUGGGGCUGUGGCCAAGCCCCGGCCUGGGCUGAAGGAUGGGUGUCGACGCUGGGUGAUGAUGAUGGUCUGGCUGUCCACGUGCACGGCCGAGCUGCAAGGUUCUCGCGCCUGCCGAUCCAGAUGAUCGCCCGCGCGUGCGGUCGGCCCAACAACACAAGAAGGGGCACAGGGGCGCCGCCAGCAGAACAUGCACGCGGAUCCGUCUGGGAGUCAGGGGCCCUCCUGCCCACACACGCUCUCGAGGGCGCUCAUGUGCCCCAGAGAAAGCCUGUCGCGUCGGCCACGGCUUUCCCGCGCGGCGGCUGCGGAGGACCCCGUGAGCCUUCCAGGCCAGCCGCACACAUCGCGGAGGCUUCUGCGCGACGGGCCAGGCGCCCGUCGUCUUUGCUGCUCAUCGCCCUCGGCUAUGCGGGCACACCGGCCAGCCUGCAGCUCCGGCGCGACGGUCCUGCAUCCCUGCUCAUGCUCUAG